AGUACCAUCGACUUCAGUAAUAAUCCAGAACCUUCUGUACGUUUGAAUUAUUGUGCAGUGAUUGUAAAAUUUAUCUUUUCUUAAUUUAAAUUGUGCAAAGUAUCUGUGAUGUAGUUAAAUGAUCAGUGCUAAUGUGAAGUGUUAAGUGUUCAGUUCGAGUGUUAAGUGUUGCGAAUUGCUGAUGCUGAUAACUUCCAAGUUCCUGAGAAAAAUCAUCUGGCAUCGUCUGGUGGGAAAUAGCAGUUAAGUGACGUUUUUUAGCUGUUAUACACUUGGAGCAAUUUAAUUCAAAUCUCCAAGUGUGUUAGGACACCCUUCUGCACAUUAUUUCUCCACCAAGGUUAUAUAUUUUCAAUUGAUAGCAGUGGCAGCACUCGUUUAUAAGAAAACUGGAUCCAAAACAAUCAAAACAGCUGUCAGUUGAAAAAUAAUAAUAAUUUAUAUGAAAAAAUAUUAUUGUGUAUAUAUUUUAUAAAAAUGUCAACACCUUCAUCAACAAGACGACUCAAUGUAAAAAUAGCUGCUGGAGCAAUUGUCUGUGAUGAAAGUAUUUUAAAAGGUGACAUAACUAUUGGCCCAAGGACAAUAGUACAUCCUAGAGCAAGUAUUUUAGCCGAGGAUGGUCCUAUUGUCAUUGGAGAAGGAAAUAUUAUUGAAGAAAUGGCGACAAUUAUGAAUAGGUCACCUCCGGACUCUGAAACAGAAAGUCCAGUACAAAUGAUUGGUAGUUUUAAUGUUUUUGAGACGGAUUCAAUGUGUGAAGCUCUGAAAGUUGGUGAUAAUAAUGUUUUUGAAUCAAAAGCCAAAGUCAGCAGAGACGUUGAAGUAACAAGUGGAUGUGUCGUCGGUACAUCAUGUUCAUUAAUUGAACCUGAAAUAGUACCAGAAAAUACAAUUAUUUAUGGUACAGAAUGUCAUAGACGCGAAAUGAAUGAUAAACCAUACCCACAAGUUGGCCAGUUAGAAUUUCUAGUAAGGAUUCUACCUAACUAUCAUCAUUUACGUAAGCCUAAUAUGAAAAUAGUCAAAGCAGAUCCACAGAAUUAAUCAUUUAUCAACAAAUCAUUUAAUUAUUUAUUAUUAAUUAUCAUCAACGAUAAAUAAUCUAGGAAUUAUAGUAUUUUGAAAUACGUAAAAGUAAAUUGCGAUGCUUUUAUCAGA